AUGUCGGGCGAGGACCAGGAGGUUCGGGCAGUGGUUGAGGAUGGCUCCAACGGGGGCAGUGGCUCGCCCAGCCCUGGGGACACGCUGCCCUGGAACCUGGAGAAAACCCAGCGGAGCCGGCGAGGUGGAGGUGGCCCCGGAGGAAAUGGGAGUGUCUUGGACCCUGCCGAAAGAGCAGUCAUCCGCAUUGCAGAUGAACGGGACCGUGUGCAGAAGAAAACCUUCACCAAGUGGGUCAACAAGCACCUCAUCAAGGCUCAGAGGCACAUCAGUGACCUGUAUGAAGACCUCCGUGAUGGCCACAACCUCAUCUCCCUCUUGGAGGUGCUCUCCGGGGACAGCCUGCCGCGGGAGAAGGGGAGGAUGCGCUUCCACAAGCUGCAGAACGUGCAGAUCGCCCUGGACUACCUCCGUCACCGCCAGGUGAAGCUGGUGAACAUCAGGAACGAUGACAUUGCCGACGGCAACCCGAAGCUGACCCUCGGCCUGAUCUGGACCAUCAUCCUGCACUUCCAGAUCUCAGACAUCCAGGUGAGCGGGCAGUCAGAGGACAUGACGGCCAAGGAGAAGCUGCUGCUGUGGUCCCAGCGCAUGGUGGAGGGCUACCAGGGCCUGCGCUGUGACAACUUCACCUCCAGCUGGCGCGACGGCCGCCUCUUCAACGCCAUCAUCCACCGGCACAAGCCCAUGCUCAUCGACAUGAACAAGGUGUAUCGUCAAACCAACCUGGAGAACCUGGACCAGGCUUUCUCUGUAGCAGAGCGGGACCUGGGGGUUACACGUCUCCUGGACCCUGAGGACGUGGACGUCCCUCAGCCGGACGAGAAGUCCAUCAUCACCUACGUCUCGUCCCUGUACGACGCCAUGCCCCGUGUGCCGGACGUGCAGGACGGGGUGAAGGCUAAUGAGCUGCAGCUGCGCUGGCAGGAGUACCGGGAGCUGGUGCUGCUGCUGCUGCAGUGGAUCCGGGCACACACAGCUGCCUUCGAGGAACGCCGCUUCCCCUCCAGCUUCGAGGAGAUCGAGAUCCUGUGGUGCCAGUUCUUGAAGUUUAAGGAGACAGAGCUUCCAGCCAAGGAGGCAGACAAGAACCGGUCCAAGGGCAUCUACCAGUCCUUGGAGGGAGCGGUUCAAGCAGGCCAGCUCAAGGUGCCCCCUGGCUACCACCCGCUGGACGUGGAGAAGGAGUGGGGCAAGCUGCACGUGGCCAUCCUGGAGCGGGAGAAGCAGCUCCGCAGCGAGUUUGAGAGACUGGAGCGUCUUCAGCGUAUUGUGAGCAAGCUGCAGAUGGAGGCUGGACUGUGCGAGGAGCAGCUAAACCAGGCCGACGCCCUGCUGCAGUCGGACGUCCGGCUGCUGGCCGCAGGCAAGGCACCGCAGCGGGCGGGCGAGGUGGAACGAGACCUGGACAAGGCUGAUGGCAUGAUCCGGCUGCUGUUCAAUGAUGUGCAGGCUCUCAAGGAUGGGCGGCAUCCACAGGGCGAGCAGAUGUACCGCAGGGUGUAUCGCCUGCACGAGCGUCUGGUGGCCAUCCGCACCGAGUACAACCUGCGUCUGCGGGGCACACCACGGCACCCCGAGCUUGAGGACUCAACCUUGCGCUACCUGCAGGAUCUGCUGGCCUGGGUGGAGGAGAACCAGCGCCGGGUGGAUGGUGCUGAGUGGGGCGUGGACCUGCCCAGUGUGGAGGCACAGCUGGGCAGCCACCGCGGCCUGCACCAGUCCGUUGAGGAGUUCCGGGCCAAGAUCGAGCGGGCCCGCACGGACGAGGGCCAGCUGUCCCCUGCCACCCGAGGUGCCUACCGGGACUGCCUGGGUCGGCUGGACCUGCAGUACGCCAAGCUGCUGAACUCCUCCAAGGCCCGCCUCCGGUCCCUGGAGAGCUUGCAUGGCUUCGUGGCGGCCGCCACCAAGGAGCUCAUGUGGCUGAGCGAGAAGGAGGAGGAGGAGGUGGGCUUCGACUGGAGUGAGCGCAACAGCAACAUGGCCGCCAAGAAGGAGGCCUACUCGGCCCUGAUGCGUGAGCUGGAGCUGAAAGAAAAGAAAAUCAAAGAGAUCCAGAGCACUGGGGACCGCCUGCUCCGGGAAGACCACCCUGCCCGACCCACAGUGGAGUCCUUCCAGGCAGCCCUGCAGACCCAGUGGAGCUGGAUGCUGCAGCUGUGCUGUUGCAUCGAGGCGCACCUGAAGGAGAACACUGCCUAUUUCCAGUUCUUCUCAGAUGUGCGGGAGGCCGAGGAGCAGCUGCGGAAGCUGCAGGAGACGCUGCACAGGAAGUACACCUGUGACCGCUCCAUCACCGUCACGCGGCUGGAGGACCUGCUGCAGGACGCCCAGGAUGAGAAGGACCAGCUGAACGAGUACAGGGGGCACCUCUCAGGCCUGGCCAAGAGGGCCAAGGCCAUUGUGCAGCUCACGCCCCGCAACCCCACCCAGCCCACACGGGGCCGCGUGCCGCUGCUGGCCGUUUGCGAUUACAAGCAGGUGGAGGUGACCGUGCACAAGGGUGAUGAGUGCCAGAUGCUGGGCCCCGCACAGCCGUUCCACUGGAAGGUGCUCAGCGGCUCUGGCAGUGAGGCUGCCGUGCCCUCCGUGUGCUUCCUCGUGCCCCCACCGAACCAGGAGGCCCUGGAGGCCGUGGCCAGGCUGGAGGCCCAGCACCAGGCCUUGGUCACGUUGUGGCAUCAGCUGCACACAGACAUGAAGAGCCUUCUGGCGUGGCAGAGCCUCAGCCGUGAUGUGCAGCUCAUUCGCUCCUGGUCCCUGGUCACGUUCCGCACGCUGAAGCCUGAGGAGCAGCGCCAGGCCCUCCGCAGCCUGGAGCUGCACUACCAGGCCUUUCUGCGGGACAGUCAGGACGCCGGCGGCUUUGGGCCUGAGGACCGGCUACAGGCUGAGCGCGAGUAUGGCUCCUGCAGCCGCCACUACCAGCAGCUGCUGCAGAGCCUGGAGCAGGGUGAGCAGGAGGAAUCACGCUGUCAGCGCUGCAUCUCAGAACUCAAAGACAUCCGGCUGCAGCUGGAGGCUUGCGAGACACGCACGGUGCACCGCCUGCGGCUGCCACUGGACAAGGAGCCCGCGCGGGAGUGUGCCCAGCGCAUCGCCGAGCAGCAGAAAGCACAGGCAGAGGUGGAGGGGCUGGGCAAGGGGGUUGCCCGGCUCUCUGCCGAGGCCGAGAAGGUCCUGGCCCUGCCCGAGCCGUCCCCUGCGGCCCCCACUCUGCGCUCAGAGCUGGAGCUGACCCUGGGCAAGUUGGAGCAGGUCCGCAGUCUGUCCGCCAUUUACCUGGAGAAGCUCAAGACCAUCAGCCUGGUGAUCCGCAGCACGCAGGAGGCCGAGGAUGCCCUCAGGGCCCACGAGGAGCAGCUCAAGGAGGCCCAGGCUGUGCCCGCCACCCUCCCAGAGCUUGAGGCCACCAAGGCUGCAAUGAAGAAGCUGCGGGCCCAGGCAGAGGCACAGCAGCCUGUGUUUGACGCCCUGCGGGACGAGCUGCGGGGGGCACAGGAGGUGGGCGAGCGGCUGCAGCAGCGGCAUGGCGAGCGGGACGUGGAGGUGGAGCGCUGGCGCGAGCGGGUCACACAGCUGCUGGAGCGCUGGCAGGCCGUGCUGGCCCAGACUGACGUGCGGCAGCGUGAGCUCGAGCAGCUGGGCCGCCAGCUGCGUUACUACCGGGAGAGCGCGGACCCGCUGGGCGCCUGGCUGCAGGAUGCCAGGCGGCGGCAGGAGCAGAUCCAGGCCGUGCCGCUGGCCGACAGCCAGGCCGUGCGCGAGCAGCUGCGGCAGGAGAAGGCCCUGCUGGAAGAGAUUGAACGCCAUGCGGAGAAGGUAGAGGAGUGCCAGAGGUUUGCGAAGCAGUACAUCAAUGCCAUCAAGGACUAUGAGCUUCAGCUGGUCACAUACAAGGCACAGCUGGAGCCGGUGGCCUCCCCGGCCAAAAAGCCCAAGGUCCAGUCGGGGUCCGAGAGUGUCAUCCAGGAGUAUGUGGACCUACGGACCCGCUACAGUGAGUUGAGCACGCUCACCAGCCAGUACAUCAGGUUCAUCAGUGAGACCCUGCGGCGCAUGGAGGAGGAGGAGAGGCUGGCCGAGCAGCAGCGGGCGGAGGAGCGAGAGCGGCUGGCUGAGGUGGAGGCUGCGCUGGAGAAGCAGCGGCAGCUGGCUGAGGCCCACGCCCAGGCGAAGGCUCAGGCGGAGCGUGAGGCCCAGGAGCUGCAGCGGCGCAUGCAGGAGGAGGUGGCACGCCGGGAGGAGGUGGCGGUGGAUGCGCAGCAGCAGAAGCGCAGCAUCCAGGAGGAGCUGCAGCAGCUGCGGCAGAGCUCGGAGGCGGAGAUCCAGGCAAAGGCCCGGCAGGUGGAGGCGGCCGAGCGCAGCCGGCUGCGCAUUGAGGAGGAGAUCCGAGUGGUGCGCCUGCAGCUGGAGACUACGGAGCGCCAGCGUGGUGGGGCGGAGGGCGAGCUGCAAGCCCUGCGGGCGCGGGCGGAGGAAGCUGAGGCACAGAAGAGGCAGGCCCAGGAGGAAGCAGAGCGCCUACGGCGGCAGGUGCAAGACGAAACCCAGCGCAAGCGGCAGGCUGAGGCUGAGCUGGCCCUGCGUGUGAAAGCCGAAGCCGAGGCAGCGCGGGAAAAGCAGCGGGCAUUGCAGGCGCUAGAGGAGCUACGGCUGCAGGCUGAGGAGGCGGAGCGGCGCCUGCGGCAGGCAGAGGCAGAGCGGGCACGCCAGGUGCAGGUGGCGCUGGAGACAGCUCAGCGCAGUGCCCAGGCCGAGCUGCAGAGCAAGCACGCCUCAUUUGCUGAGAAGACAGCGCAGCUGGAACGCACUCUCGAGGAAGAGCAUGUGACCGUGGUGCAGCUGCGUGAAGAGGCCACGCGCCGGGAGCAGCAGCAGGCGGAGGCCGAGCGCGCCCGCGAAGAGGCCGAGCGCGAGUUGGAGCGCUGGCAACUGAAGGCCAAUGAGGCGCUGCGGCUGCGGCUGCAGGCGGAGGAGGUGGCACAGCAGAAGAGCCUGGCGCAGGCCGAGGCGGAGAAGCAGAAGGAGGCGGCGGAGCGGGAGGCACGGCGCCGCGGCAAGGCAGAGGAGCAGGCAGUGCGGCAGCGAGAGCUGGCAGAGCAGGAGUUGGAGAGGCAGCGGCAGCUGGCGGAGGGCACUGCGCAGCAGCGCUUGGCAGCUGAGCAGGAGCUGAUCCGGCUGCGCGCCGAGACGGAGCAGGGCGAGCAGCAGCGGCAGCUGCUGGAGGAGGAGCUGGCGCGGCUGCAGAGUGAGGCGGUCGCGGCCACGCAGAAACGCCAGGAGCUGGAGGCCGAGCUGGCCAAGGUGCGGGCUGAGAUGGAGGUGCUGCUGGCUAGCAAGGCGCGGGCCGAAGAGGAGUCGCGCUCCAGCAGUGAGAAGUCCAAGCAGAGGCUGGAAGCCGAGGCUGGGCGCUUCCGUGAGCUGGCGGAGGAGGCCGCCCGCCUGCGCGCGCUGGCGGAGGAGGCAAAGCGGCAGCGGCAGCUGGCAGAAGAGGAUGCAGCGCGGCAGCGGGCGGAGGCCGAGCGGGUGCUGGCCGAGAAGCUGGCCGCCAUCAGCGAGGCCACGCGGCUCAAGACCGAGGCGGAGAUUGCGCUCAAGGAGAAGGAAGCCGAGAACGAGCGCCUGCGGCGGCUGGCGGAAGACGAGGCCUUCCAGCGGCGGAAGCUGGAGGAACAGGCAGCCCAGCACAAGGCCGACAUCGAGGAGCGGCUGGCGCAGCUGCGCAAGGCAUCCGAGAGCGAGCUGGAGCGGCAGAAGGGGCUGGUGGAGGACACGCUGCGGCAGCGGCGGCAGGUGGAGGAGGAGAUCCUGGCCCUCAAGGCGAGUUUCGAGAAGGCGGCCGCCGGCAAGGCGGAGCUGGAGUUGGAACUGGGGCGCAUCCGGGGCAACGCAGAGGACACGCUGCGCAGCAAGGAGCAGGCAGAGCAGGAGGCGGCUCGGCAGCGGCAGCUGGCCGCGGAGGAGGAGCGGCGGCGCCGGGAGGCCGAGGAGCGCGUGCAGAAGAGUCUGGCGGCUGAGGAGGAGGCUGCGCGGCAGCGGAAGGCCGCCCUGGAGGAGGUAGAGCGGCUCAAGGCCAAGGUGGAGGAGGCGCGGCGCCUGCGCGAGCGGGCAGAGCACGAGUCUGCGCGGCAGCUGCAGCUGGCACAGGAGGCUGCCCAGAAGCGGCUGCAGGCGGAGGAGAAGGCGCAUGCCUUUGCAGUGCAGCAGAAGGAACAGGAGCUGCAGCAGACCCUCCAGCAGGAGCAGAGCGUGCUGGAGAGGCUCCGCGGCGAGGCCGAGGCUGCCCGGCGCGCGGCUGAGGAGGCGGAGGAGGCACGCGAGCGGGCCGAGCGUGAGGCAGCGCAGUCCCGGCAGCGUGUGGAGGAGGCGGAGCGGCUGAAGCAGGCAGCAGAGGAGCAGGCACAGGCCCAGGCGCAGGCGCAGGCUGCCGCUGAGAAGCUGCGCAAGGAAGCCGAGCAGGAGGCGGCGCGCCGGGCGCAGGCAGAGCAGGCGGCUCUGCGGCAGAAGCAGGCGGCCGACGCGGAGAUGGAGAAGCACAAGAAGUUCGCGGAGCAGACGCUACGGCAGAAGGCGCAGGUGGAGCAGGAGCUGACGGCACUGCGGUUGCAGCUGGAGGAGACAGACCACCAGAAGAGCAUCCUGGACCAGGAGCUGCAGCGGCUGAAGGCGGAAGUGACGGAGGCCGCCCGCCAACGCAGCCAGGUAGAGGAGGAGCUGUUCUCCGUGCGCGUCCAGAUGGAGGAGCUCGGCAAGCUCAAGGCGCGAAUCGAGGCGGAGAACCGCGCCCUUAUCCUGCGCGACAAGGACAACACGCAGCGCCUCCUGCAGGAGGAGGCCGAGAAGAUGAAGCAGGUGGCGGAGGAGGCCGCGCGGCUGAGUGUGGCGGCUCAGGAGGCAGCGCGGCUGCGGCAGCUGGCGGAGGAGGACCUGGCUCAGCAGCGGGCCCUGGCGGAGAAGAUGCUCAAGGAGAAGAUGCAGGCAGUACAGGAGGCCACGCGGCUCAAGGCCGAGGCGGAGCUGCUGCAGCAGCAGAAGGAGCUGGCCCAGGAGCAGGCCCGCCGGCUGCAGGAGGACAAGGAGCAGAUGGCUCAGCAGCUGGCACAGGAGACGCAAGGCUUCCAGCGAACCCUGGAGACUGAGCGGCAACGGCAGCUGGAAAUGAGCGCGGAGGCCGAGAGACUAAGGCUGCGCGUGGCCGAGAUGAGCCGGGCCCAGGCUCGCGCGGAGGAGGACGCCCAGCGCUUCCGGAAGCAGGCGGAGGAGAUUGGCGCAAAGCUGCACCGCACAGAGCUUGCCACUCAGGAGAAGGUGACGCUGGUGCAGACGCUGGAGACCCAGCGGCAGCAGAGCGACCGGGAUGCCAAUCGCUUGAGGGAGGCCAUUGCAGAGCUGGAGCGCGAGAAGGACAAGCUCAAGAAGGAGGCUGAGCUGUUGCAGCUCAAGUCUGAGGAGAUGCAGACGGUACAGCAGGAGCAACUGCUGCAGGAAACACAGGCCUUGCAGCAGAGCUUCCUCUCUGAGAAGGACAGCCUGCUGCAGCGGGAACGCUUCAUUGAGGAAGAAAAGGCCAAGCUGGAGCGGCUCUUCCAGGACGAGCAGCGGCAGCAGCAGGAGCAACUGCUGGCAGAGGAGAAUCGCCGGCUGCGUGAGCGGCUGGAGCACCUGGAGGAGGAACAUCGGGCCGCACUGGCCCACUCCGAGGAGAUUACUGCUGCUCAGGCGGCGGCCACCAGAGCCCUGCCCAAUGGCCAGGACGUGGCCGACGGCCCAGCCGCAGAGCCAGAACAUGCCUUCGAGGGCCUGCGGCAGAAGGGCCACAGCAGCAUCGCCGGGCUGCUACUGAAGCCUGGCAACGAGAAGCUGACCAUCUACGCAGCCCUGAGGAGGCAGCUGCUGAGCCCGGGCACCGCUCUCAUCCUGCUUGAGGCCCAGGCGGCCUCAGGCUUUCUCUUGGACCCAGUGCGGAACAGGCGGCUGACUGUCACUGAAGCCGUGAAGGAGGGCGUCGUGGGCCCCGAGCUGCACCACAAGCUCCUGUCGGCUGAGCGUGCCGUCACCGGCUACAAGGACCCGUACACUGGGCAGCAGAUCUCCCUCUUCCAGGCCAUGAAGAAGGAUCUCAUCGUGCGCGAGCACGGCAUCCGCCUGCUGGAGGCCCAGAUCGCCACGGGUGGCGUCAUCGACCCCGUGCACAGCCACCGCGUGCCCGUGGACGUGGCCUAUAAGCGUGGUUACUUUGACGAGGAGAUGAACCGCAUCCUGCAGGACCCCAGUGAUGACACCAAGGGCUUCUUCGACCCCAACACGCAUGAGAACCUCACGUACAUGCAGCUGCUAGAACGCUGUGUGGAGGAUCCUGAGACAGGCCUGCGGCUGCUGCCACUCACUGAUCAGCUCUGCUUCCAGGGCCUGCGCGCCCUGGUCCCUGCUGCCGAGCUGCUUGAGAGCGGGGUCAUCGACUGGGACCUCUUCCGCCAGCUGCAGCUGGGUGAGCGCUCCGUGCAGGAGGUGGCUGAGGUGGAAGGUGUGCGACGGGCCCUGCGGGGCUCAGGCGUCAUUGCAGGUGUGUGGCUGGAGGAGGCGAGGCAGAAACUAAGCAUUUACGAGGCUCUGAAGAAAGAGCUGCUGCAGCCGGAGGCAGCCGUGGCCCUGCUCGAGGCCCAGGCUGGCACCGGGCACAUCAUCGACCCUGCCACCAGCGCACGGCUGACUGUGGACGAGGCGGUACGCGCCGGCCUGGUAGGUCCUGAGCUGCAUGAGAAGAUGUUGUCGGCUGAGAAGGCUGUGACCGGCUACAAGGACCCCUACUCGGGGCAGAGCGUGUCCCUGUUCCAGGCCCUGAAGAAGGGCCUCAUUCCCAGGGAGCAGGGCCUGCGUCUACUGGAUGCCCAGCUGUCCACGGGGGGCACCGUGGACCCCAGCAAGAGCCACCGUGUGCCCCUGGAUGUCGCCUGUGCCCGCGGCUACCUGGAUAAGGAAACCAGCACCACUCUUUCAGCGCCCAGAGAUGACGCCAAGACCUACUAUGACCCCCGUACUGGGGAGCCGGCCACCUACAGCCAGCUCCAGCAACAGUGCCGCCCCGACCCACUGACAGGACUGAGUCUGCUGCCGCUCUCGGAGGAGGCAGCCCGGAAGAUCAUCAAGAUUGUCAUCACCAUCGUGGAGGAGGUGGAGACCACGCGGCGGGAGAGGCUCUCCUUCAGCGGUCUCCGUGCCCCAGUGCCGGCCAGCGAGCUCCUGGCUGCCGGCAUCCUCAGUAGCUCCCAGUUUGACCAGCUCAAGGACGGCAAGACAUCAGUCAAGGACCUGUCAGAGCUGGACUCCGUGCGGACCCUUCUCCAGGGCAGCGGCUGCCUGGCUGGUAUCUAUCUGGAGGAGUCCAAGGAGAAGGUGACCAUCUACGAGGCCAUGCGACGGGGUCUGCUCAGGCCCAGCACUGCCAUCCUCCUGCUUGAGGCGCAGGCGGCCACGGGCUUCCUGGUGGACCCUGUGAGGAAUCAGCGCCUGUAUGUCCACGAGGCCGUGAAGGCCGGUGUCGUGGGCCCCGAGCUGCAUGAGAAGCUGCUGUCGGCCGAGAAGGCCGUGACCGGCUACAAGGACCCCUACUCAGGCAGCACCAUCUCCCUUUUCCAGGCCAUGAAGAAGGGCCUGGUUGUCAGGGAGCAUGGCAUCCGCCUGUUGGAGGCCCAGAUUGCAACGGGCGGUGUCAUCGACCCCGUGCACAGCCACCGCGUGCCCGUGGAUGUGGCCUACCAGCGUGGCUACUUCGACGAGGAGAUGAACCGCAUCCUACAAGACCCCAGCGACGACACCAAGGGCUUCUUCGACCCCAACACUCACGAGAACCUCACCUACACACAGCUGCUCAGGCGCUGCCGCCGCGAUGAAGCCAGCGGCCUGCUCCUCCUGCCACUCUCAGAUGCCCGCAAGCUGACCUUCCGUGGUCUGCGCAAGCAGAUCACAGUGGAGGAACUGGUGCGCUCUCACGUCAUGGACGAGGUCACGGCGCAGCGGCUGCAGGAGGGCCUGACCUCCAUUGAGGAGGUCUCCAAGAAUCUGCAGAAGUUCCUCGAGGGCACCAGCAGCAUCGCUGGCGUCCUCGUCGAUGCCAACAAGGAGCGGCUGUCAGUGUACCAGGCCAUGAAGAAGGGCAUCAUCCGGCCUGGCACAGCCUUCGAGCUCCUGGAGGCGCAGGCAGCCACUGGCUACGUCAUCGACCCCAUCAAGGGGCUCAAGCUGACCGUGGAGGAGGCUGUGCGCAUGGGCAUCGUGGGCCCCGAGUUCAAGGACAAGCUGCUGUCGGCCGAGCGUGCCGUCACCGGCUACAAGGACCCCUACUCCGGGAAGCUCAUCUCCCUCUUCCAGGCCAUGAAGAAGGGCCUCAUCCUCAAGGACCACGGCAUCCGCCUGCUGGAGGCCCAGAUCGCCACAGGCGGCAUCAUCGACCCCGAGGAGAGCCACCGCCUCCCCGUGGACGUGGCCUACCAGCGCGGCCUCUUCGACGAGGAGAUGAACGAGAUCCUCACCGACCCCUCGGAUGACACCAAGGGCUUCUUCGACCCCAACACAGAGGAGAACCUCACGUACCUGCAGCUGAUGGAGCGCUGUGUCACCGACCCCCAGACGGGGCUGCGGCUCCUGCCGCUGAAGGAGAAGAAGAGGGAGCGGAAGACAUCCUCCAAGUCCUCAGGGCCCCUGUUCAUUGAGCACAGCACCCGGCAGGUCUUGAGUGCUGUCACGGCCACCGUCUCUGUAGGCAGGUUCCAGGGCCAGCCCACGUCGCUCUGGGAGCUGCUCUUCUCCGAGGCGGUCCCUGUGGAGCAGAGGGUGACGCUGACCCAGCAGCACAAGCACGGGGCCCUCUCAGUGGAGGAGCUGGCGGUUGCACUGAGGGCCACCCACGAGCAGGCUGCAGCCACUGCCAGAACCACCUUUGCUGGGCUCAGGGUCCCCGUGACUCCAGGAGAGCUGCUGAGAGCAGAGAUCAUCGGCCAGGAUGUUUAUGAGCAGCUGGAACAUGGCCAGACCACGGCCCAGGACGUGGCCAGCCUGGACUCAGUGCAGAGGUACUUGCAAGGCACUGGCUGCAUCGCUGGCUUGCUGGUGCCUGGGUCCCAGGAGCCCCUCAGCAUCCACGAGGCUUACAGGAAGGGGCUUCUCAGGCCGGGCACGGCACUCAUCCUCCUAGAGGCACAGGCAGCCACUGGCUUCAUCAUUGAUCCCAAAGAAAACAGGAGAUACUCGGUGGAGGAGGCGCUGAGGGCUGGUGUCAUCGGGCCUGAGAUGUUUGCCAAGCUGCUGUCGGCCGAGCGUGCGGUCACCGGCUACACCGACCCCUACACCGGGCAGCAGAUCUCCCUCUUCCAGGCCAUGAAGAAGGACCUCAUCAUGCGCGAGCACGGCAUCCGCCUGCUGGAGGCCCAGGUGGCCACGGGCGGGGUCAUUGACCCCACCAGCCACCACCACCUCCCCAUGCUCGUGGCCUUGCAGCGUGGCUACAUUGACCAGGAGACAAGCAGUACGCUGACCUCAACGGAUGAGGACAGCAAGUUCUUCUUCGACCCAGGCACACGGGACAAGGUGACCUACGGACAGCUCAAGGGGCGCUGUGUCCUAGAUGCUGACACUGGCUUGUGGCUGCUGCCACUCCCCCAGGACAUGGCGCUAGAGGCCACCUUCAGGGGUCUCCGGAAGCAGCUGUCAGCCAACGACCUGUUCAGGUCCCAGCUGAUCGACAAGAAGACGCUAGAUGAGCUGAGCCAAGGGAAGAGGACCGUGCAGGAGGUGGCAGAGAUGGACCACGUACGGCGGUACUUGGAAGGGGGCAGCUUCAUCGCUGGGGUCCUCAUCCAGGACACCAAGGAGAAGAUGAGCAUCUCAGAGGCUCUGAGAAGAAACGUCCUGCGGCCGGGCACGGCCCUGGUGCUGCUGGAGGCACAGGCGGCCACCGGCUUCCUCAUUGACCCUGUGGAGAACUGCAAGCUGACUGUGCAGGAGGCGUUCGCAGCCGGGAUGUUUGGCAGGGAAACCUACCAGAAGCUGCUGUCGGCCGAGCGUGCUGUCACCGGCUACACCGACCCCUACACUGGGGAGCAGAUCUCCCUCUUCCAGGCCAUGAAGAAGGACCUCAUCGUGCGCGAGCACGGCAUCCGCCUGCUGGAGGCCCAGAUCGCCACGGGCGGCAUCAUCGACCCCGUGCACAGCCACCGCGUGCCCGUGGACGUGGCCUACCAGCGCGGCUACUUCGACGAGGAGAUGAACCGCAUGCUGGAGGACCCCAGCGACGACACCAAGGGCUUCUUCGACCCCAACACGCACGAGAACCUCACGUACGUGCAGCUGCUGCGGCGCUGUGUGGAGGACCCUGAGACAGGGCUCUACAUGCUGCAAAUCGUAAAGAAAGGAGAAACCUAUGAAUCCCAGUUUAUCGAUGAGACCACUAGACGAGCGCUUGAGGCUGAACGGGUGGAAGUGAUAGUGGGGCGGUUUAAAGGCCAGAGGCCAUCAGUCUGGGAAUUGCUGAAUUCUGAAUACGUGACAGAGGAAAAAAAACUAGAGUUAGUACGAAAAUACAAGACGGACACAGCACAUGCAUUAGAAAAGGUGGUAAAGGUGAUCUUUGAGAUAAUCAGUGAGAAAGAAAAGAACAAUAAGCCGCUAUGGUUCAGAGGUAUCAGAAAACACAUCACAGCUUCUGAGCUGCUGACUUCAUCCAUCAUAAGCAGGGAGACGCUGCAAGCCUUGGAGUCCGGGCAGGCCUCUGUGGAUGCUGUCACAAAGAACGAGGUGGUGAGGCGCUACCUGGAGGGCACCGGGUGCAUCGCGGGCGUACUGGUCCCCACCAAGGACGAGCCCGGGCGCCAGGAGAAGAUGAGCAUCUACCAGGCCAUGUGGAAGGGCGUCCUGCGGCCGGGCACGGCCCUGGUGCUGCUGGAAGCGCAGGCGGCCACGGGCUUCGUCAUCGACCCCGUGCGCAACCAGAAGCUGUCCGUGGAGGAGGCGGUGGCCGCGGGCGUGGUGGGCGGCGAGCUCCAGGAGAAGCUGCUGUCGGCCGAGCGCGCGGUCACCGGCUACACUGACCCCUACACCGGGCAGCAGAUCUCCCUCUUCCAGGCCAUGAAGAAGGACCUCAUCGUGCGCGAGCACGGCAUCCGCCUGCUGGAGGCCCAGAUCGCCACGGGCGGCGUCAUCGACCCCGUGCACAGCCACCGCGUGCCCGUGGACGUGGCCUACCAGCGCGGCUACUUCGACGAGGAGAUGAACCGCGUGCUGGAGGACCCCAGCGACGACACCAAGGGCUUCUUCGACCCCAACACGCACGAGAACCUCACGUACGUGCAGCUGCUGCGGCGCUGCGUGCGCGACCCCGACACGGGGCUCUACAUGCUGCAGCUGGCCGGCCGGGGCUCCGCCCUCCACCAGCUGGGCGAGGAGCUGCGCGCCGCCCUGCGCGACACCCGCGCCCUGCGCGCCGCCACCAUGGAGGUGCGCGUCGGGCGGUUCCAGGGCCGGCCCGUCUCCGUGUGGGAGGUCCUCUUCUCCUCCUACCUGAGCCAGGCCCGCCGGGACGAGCUGCUGGCCCAGCACGCGGCCGGCGCCCUGGCCCUGCCCGCCCUGGUCGCCGUCCUCACCCAGCUCAUCGAGGAGACGGAGGAGCGGCUGAGCAAGGUGUCCUUCCGGGGCCUGAGGCGCCAGGUGUCGGCCUCCGAGCUGCACACGUCCGGGAUCCUGGGCCCCGAGACCCUGCGGGACCUGGCCCAGGGCACCAAGACCCUGCAGGAGGUGACGGAGAUGGACUCGGUGAAGCGCUACCUGGAGGGCACCAGCUGCAUCGCGGGCGUGCUGGUCCCCGCCAAGGACGAGCCCGGGCGCCAGGAGAAGAUGAGCAUCUACCAGGCCAUGUGGAAGGGCGUCCUGCGGCCGGGCACGGCCCUGGUGCUGCUGGAGGCGCAGGCGGCCACGGGCUUCGUCAUCGACCCCGUGCGCAACCAGAAGCUGUCCGUGGAGGAGGCGGUGGCCGCGGGCGUGGUGGGCGGCGAGCUCCAGGAGAAGCUGCUGUCGGCCGAGCGCGCGGUCACCGGCUACACCGACCCCUACACCGGGCAGCAGAUCUCCCUCUUCCAGGCCAUGAAGAAGGACCUCAUCGUGCGCGAGCACGGCAUCCGCCUGCUGGAGGCCCAGAUCGCCACGGGCGGCGUCAUCGACCCCGUGCACAGCCACCGCGUGCCCGUGGACGUGGCCUACCAGCGCGGCUACUUCGACGAGGAGAUGAACCGCGUGCUGGAGGACCCCAGCGAUGACACCAAGGGCUUCUUCGACCCCAACACGCACGAGAACCUCACGUAUGUGCAGCUGCUGCGGCGCUGCGUGCGCGACCCCGACACGGGGCUCUACAUGCUGCAGCUGGCCGGCCGGGGCUCCGCCCUCCACCAGCUGGGCGAGGAGCUGCGCGCCGCCCUGCGCGACACCCGCGCCCUGCGCGCCGCCACCAUGGAGGUGCGCGUCGGGCGGUUCCAGGGCCGGCCCGUCUCCGUGUGGGAGGUCCUCUUCUCCUCCUACCUGAGCCAGGCCCGCCGGGACGAGCUGCUGGCCCAGCACGCGGCCGGCGCCCUGGCCCUGCCCGCCCUGGUCGCCGUCCUCACCCAGCUCAUCGAGGAGACGGAGGAGCGGCUGAGCAAGGUGUCCUUCCGGGGCCUGAGGCGCCAGGUGUCGGCCUCCGAGCUGCACACGUCCGGGAUCCUGGGCCCCGAGACCCUGCGGGACCUGGCCCAGGGCACCAAGACCCUGCAGGAGGUGACGGAGAUGGACUCGGUGAAGCGCUACCUGGAGGGCACCAGCUGCAUCGCGGGCGUGCUGGUCCCCGCCAAGGACGAGCCCGGGCGCCAGGAGAAGAUGAGCAUCUACCAGGCCAUGUGGAAGGGCGUCCUGCGGCCGGGCACGGCCCUGGUGCUGCUGGAGGCGCAGGCGGCCACGGGCUUCGUCAUCGACCCCGUGCGCAACCAGAAGCUGUCCGUGGAGGAGGCGGUGGCCGCGGGCGUGGUGGGCGGCGAGCUCCAGGAGAAGCUGCUGUCGGCCGAGCGCGCGGUCACCGGCUACACCGACCCCUACACCGGGCAGCAGAUCUCCCUCUUCCAGGCCAUGAAGAAGGACCUCAUCGUGCGCGAGCACGGCAUCCGCCUGCUGGAGGCCCAGAUCGCCACGGGCGGCGUCAUCGACCCCGUGCACAGCCACCGCGUGCCCGUGGACGUGGCCUACCAGCGCGGCUACUUCGACGAGGAGAUGAACCGCGUGCUGGAGGACCCCAGCGACGACACCAAGGGCUUCUUCGACCCCAACACGCACGAGAACCUCACGUACGUGCAGCUGCUGCGGCGCUGCGUGCGCGACCCCGACACGGGGCUCUACAUGCUGCAGCUGGCCGGCCGGGGCUCCGCCCUCCACCAGCUGGGCGAGGAGCUGCGCGCCGCCCUGCGCGACACCCGCGCCCUGCGCGCCGCCACCAUGGAGGUGCGCGUCGGGCGGUUCCAGGGCCGGCCCGUCUCCGUGUGGGAGGUCCUCUUCUCCUCCUACCUGAGCCAGGCCCGCCGGGACGAGCUGCUGGCCCAGCACGCGGCCGGCGCCCUGGCCCUGCCCGCCCUGGUCGCCGUCCUCACCCAGCUCAUCGAGGAGACGGAGGAGCGGCUGAGCAAGGUGUCCUUCCGGGGCCUGAGGCGCCAGGUGUCGGCCUCCGAGCUGCACACGUCCGGGAUCCUGGGCCCCGAGACCCUGCGGGACCUGGCCCAGGGCACCAAGACCCUGCAGGAGGUGACGGAGAUGGACUCGGUGAAGCGCUACCUGGAGGGCACCAGCUGCAUCGCGGGCGUGCUGGUCCCCGCCAAGGACGAGCCCGGGCGCCAGGAGAAGAUGAGCAUCUACCAGGCCAUGUGGAAGGGCGUCCUGCGGCCGGGCACGGCCCUGGUGCUGCUGGAGGCGCAGGCGGCCACGGGCUUCGUCAUCGACCCCGUGCGCAACCAGAAGCUGUCCGUGGAGGAGGCGGUGGCCGCGGGCGUGGUGGGCGGCGAGCUCCAGGAGAAGCUGCUGUCGGCCGAGCGCGCGGUCACCGGCUACACCGACCCCUACACCGGGCAGCAGAUCUCCCUCUUCCAGGCCAUGAAGAAGGACCUCAUCGUGCGCGAGCACGGCAUCCGCCUGCUGGAGGCCCAGAUCGCCACGGGCGGCGUCAUCGACCCCGUGCACAGCCACCGCGUGCCCGUGGACGUGGCCUACCAGCGCGGCUACUUCGACGAGGAGAUGAACCGCGUGCUGGAGGACCCCAGCGACGACACCAAGGGCUUCUUCGACCCCAACACGCACGAGAACCUCACGUACGUGCAGCUGCUGCGGCGCUGCGUGCGCGACCCCGACACGGGGCUCUACAUGCUGCAGCUGGCCGGCCGGGGCUCCGCCCUCCACCAGCUGGGCGAGGAGCUGCGCGCCGCCCUGCGCGACACCCGCGCCCUGCGCGCCGCCACCAUGGAGGUGCGCGUCGGGCGGUUCCAGGGCCGGCCCGUCUCCGUGUGGGAGGUCCUCUUCUCCUCCUACCUGAGCCAGGCCCGCCGGGACGAGCUGCUGGCCCAGCACGCGGCCGGCGCCCUGGCCCUGCCCGCCCUGGUCGCCGUCCUCACCCAGCUCAUCGAGGAGACGGAGGAGCGGCUGAGCAAGGUGUCCUUCCGGGGCCUGAGGCGCCAGGUGUCGGCCUCCGAGCUGCACACGUCCGGGAUCCUGGGCCCCGAGACCCUGCGGGACCUGGCCCAGGGCACCAAGACCCUGCAGGAGGUGACGGAGAUGGACUCGGUGAAGCGCUACCUGGAGGGCACCAGCUGCAUCGCGGGCGUGCUGGUCCCCGCCAAGGACGAGCCCGGGCGCCAGGAGAAGAUGAGCAUCUACCAGGCCAUGUGGAAGGGCGUCCUGCGGCCGGGCACGGCCCUGGUGCUGCUGGAGGCGCAGGCGGCCACGGGCUUCGUCAUCGACCCCGUGCGCAACCAGAAGCUGUCCGUGGAGGAGGCGGUGGCCGCGGGCGUGGUGGGCGGCGAGCUCCAGGAGAAGCUGCUGUCGGCCGAGCGCGCGGUCACCGGCUACACCGACCCCUACACCGGGCAGCAGAUCUCCCUCUUCCAGGCCAUGAAGAAGGACCUCAUCGUGCGCGAGCACGGCAUCCGCCUGCUGGAGGCCCAGAUCGCCACGGGCGGCGUCAUCGACCCCGUGCACAGCCACCGCGUGCCCGUGGACGUGGCCUACCAGCGCGGCUACUUCGACGAGGAGAUGAACCGCGUGCUGGAGGACCCCAGCGACGACACCAAGGGCUUCUUCGACCCCAACACGCACGAGAACCUCACGUACGUGCAGCUGCUGCGGCGCUGCGUGCGCGACCCCGACACGGGGCUCUACAUGCUGCAGCUGGCCGGCCGGGGCUCCGCCCUCCACCAGCUGGGCGAGGAGCUGCGCGCCGCCCUGCGCGACACCCGCGCCCUGCGCGCCGCCACCAUGGAGGUGCGCGUCGGGCGGUUCCAGGGCCGGCCCGUCUCCGUGUGGGAGGUCCUCUUCUCCUCCUACCUGAGCCAGGCCCGCCGGGACGAGCUGCUGGCCCAGCACGCGGCCGGCGCCCUGGCCCUGCCCGCCCUGGUCGCCGUCCUCACCCAGCUCAUCGAGGAGACGGAGGAGCGGCUGAGCAAGGUGUCCUUCCGGGGCCUGAGGCGCCAGGUGUCGGCCUCCGAGCUGCACACGUCCGGGAUCCUGGGCCCCGAGACCCUGCGGGACCUGGCCCAGGGCACCAAGACCCUGCAGGAGGUGACGGAGAUGGACUCGGUGAAGCGCUACCUGGAGGGCACCAGCUGCAUCGCGGGCGUGCUGGUCCCCGCCAAGGACGAGCCCGGGCGCCAGGAGAAGAUGAGCAUCUACCAGGCCAUGUGGAAGGGCGUCCUGCGGCCGGGCACGGCCCUGGUGCUGCUGGAGGCGCAGGCGGCCACGGGCUUCGUCAUCGACCCCGUGCGCAACCAGAAGCUGUCCGUGGAGGAGGCGGUGGCCGCGGGCGUGGUGGGCGGCGAGCUCCAGGAGAAGCUGCUGUCGGCCGAGCGCGCGGUCACCGGCUACACCGACCCCUACACCGGGCAGCAGAUCUCCCUCUUCCAGGCCAUGAAGAAGGACCUCAUCGUGCGCGAGCACGGCAUCCGCCUGCUGGAGGCCCAGAUCGCCACGGGCGGCGUCAUCGACCCCGUGCACAGCCACCGCGUGCCCGUGGACGUGGCCUACCAGCGCGGCUACUUCGACGAGGAGAUGAACCGCGUGCUGGAGGACCCCAGCGACGACACCAAGGGCUUCUUCGACCCCAACACGCACGAGAACCUCACGUACGUGCAGCUGCUGCGGCGCUGCGUGCGCGACCCCGACACGGGGCUCUACAUGCUGCAGCUGGCCGGCCGGGGCUCCGCCCUCCACCAGCUGGGCGAGGAGCUGCGCGCCGCCCUGCGCGACACCCGCGCCCUGCGCGCCGCCACCAUGGAGGUGCGCGUCGGGCGGUUCCAGGGCCGGCCCGUCUCCGUGUGGGAGGUCCUCUUCUCCUCCUACCUGAGCCAGGCCCGCCGGGACGAGCUGCUGGCCCAGCACGCGGCCGGCGCCCUGGCCCUGCCCGCCCUGGUCGCCGUCCUCACCCAGCUCAUCGAGGAGACGGAGGAGCGGCUGAGCAAGGUGUCCUUCCGGGGCCUGAGGCGCCAGGUGUCGGCCUCCGAGCUGCACACGUCCGGGAUCCUGGGCCCCGAGACCCUGCGGGACCUGGCCCAGGGCACCAAGACCCUGCAGGAGGUGACGGAGAUGGACUCGGUGAAGCGCUACCUGGAGGGCACCAGCUGCAUCGCGGGCGUGCUGGUCCCCGCCAAGGACGAGCCCGGGCGCCAGGAGAAGAUGAGCAUCUACCAGGCCAUGUGGAAGGGCGUCCUGCGGCCGGGCACGGCCCUGGUGCUGCUGGAGGCGCAGGCGGCCACGGGCUUCGUCAUCGACCCCGUGCGCAACCAGAAGCUGUCCGUGGAGGAGGCGGUGGCCGCGGGCGUGGUGGGCGGCGAGCUCCAGGAGAAGCUGCUGUCGGCCGAGCGCGCGGUCACCGGCUACACCGACCCCUACACCGGGCAGCAGAUCUCCCUCUUCCAGGCCAUGAAGAAGGACCUCAUCGUGCGCGAGCACGGCAUCCGCCUGCUGGAGGCCCAGAUCGCCACGGGCGGCGUCAUCGACCCCGUGCACAGCCACCGCGUGCCCGUGGACGUGGCCUACCAGCGCGGCUACUUCGACGAGGAGAUGAACCGCGUGCUGGAGGACCCCAGCGACGACACCAAGGGCUUCUUCGACCCCAACACGCACGAGAACCUCACGUACGUGCAGCUGCUGCGGCGCUGCGUGCGCGACCCCGACACGGGGCUCUACAUGCUGCAGCUGGCCGGCCGGGGCUCCGCCCUCCACCAGCUGGGCGAGGAGCUGCGCGCCGCCCUGCGCGACACCCGCGCCCUGCGCGCCGCCACCAUGGAGGUGCGCGUCGGGCGGUUCCAGGGCCGGCCCGUCUCCGUGUGGGAGGUCCUCUUCUCCUCCUACCUGAGCCAGGCCCGCCGGGACGAGCUGCUGGCCCAGCACGCGGCCGGCGCCCUGGCCCUGCCCGCCCUGGUCGCCGUCCUCACCCAGCUCAUCGAGGAGACGGAGGAGCGGCUGAGCAAGGUGUCCUUCCGGGGCCUGAGGCGCCAGGUGUCGGCCUCCGAGCUGCACACGUCCGGGAUCCUGGGCCCCGAGACCCUGCGGGACCUGGCCCAGGGCACCAAGACCCUGCAGGAGGUGACGGAGAUGGACUCGGUGAAGCGCUACCUGGAGGGCACCAGCUGCAUCGCGGGCGUGCUGGUCCCCGCCAAGGACGAGCCCGGGCGCCAGGAGAAGAUGAGCAUCUACCAGGCCAUGUGGAAGGGCGUCCUGCGGCCGGGCACGGCCCUGGUGCUGCUGGAGGCGCAGGCGGCCACGGGCUUCGUCAUCGACCCCGUGCGCAACCAGAAGCUGUCCGUGGAGGAGGCGGUGGCCGCGGGCGUGGUGGGCGGCGAGCUCCAGGAGAAGCUGCUGUCGGCCGAGCGCGCGGUCACCGGCUACACCGACCCCUACACCGGGCAGCAGAUCUCCCUCUUCCAGGCCAUGAAGAAGGACCUCAUCGUGCGCGAGCACGGCAUCCGCCUGCUGGAGGCCCAGAUCGCCACGGGCGGCGUCAUCGACCCCGUGCACAGCCACCGCGUGCCCGUGGACGUGGCCUACCAGCGCGGCUACUUCGACGAGGAGAUGAACCGCGUGCUGGAGGACCCCAGCGACGACACCAAGGGCUUCUUCGACCCCAACACGCACGAGAACCUCACGUAUGUGCAGCUGCUCCAGAGGGCUACUCCGGAUCCUGAAACAGGGCUCUUAUUUCUUUCUCUCACUGGAAAUUGA